CAAAUUUUGCAAAACUUUUUGAAAAUCUUAAAAAAUGAGUGAUUUAUCCUACUUCUAUGAUGCAACUAACAUAAUACACAUAGGAAUAAUUUAAUCUUUACGUUAUAAUGACGCACAGACUCAAUAAAUCCAGGAACAACCCUACUGAAGGAAUUCCAACACCAAGGCCAACACCUCAAUUUUUUAGACAGGUUCAGACUUUCUCAACUAAAAAGCAAAGAGGGACGCCUAAGGAUGCAGCACCACCGAGACCACCAGUAAAAAGUGCACCACCAAUAAGUCGUAUUUUCCAACACAAACCUAUACAAAAAGCUGUUCCUGUUUCCUUCAAAGAGUCAGAAACCUCUGUUUUGAGUCCAUUUUACAAUGAACACAAUAACGAACUUUAUUUUGACCAGUGUUUUCAAAUUGAAAGAAAACUUGGAGCAGGAUCCUUUGGAGAGGUGUUUCAAGUGGUCAGCAAAGAAGACGGAAAAAGAUAUGCAGUGAAGAGAUCAAGAGAACGUUUCAGGGGAGGAACUGACAGGAAAAGGAAAUUGGAGGAGGUUGCUAAGCAUGAGAGAUUGCCAAGACACCCUAACUGUGUACACCUUGUGAAGGCAUGGGAGGAGAAACAGCAUCUUUAUAUACAAACAGAACUCUGCGAUACCAGCUUGGAGAACUAUUCAGAAAAUAAUCACAACAUUCCUGAACGUCUGGUGUGGAACUAUCUUGUUGACCUGCUCAUGGCUGUUGAACACCUUCACAAUCAUGACCUUGUUCACCUGGAUAUAAAACCCGACAAUAUCUUCAUCACUAAGGAUGGUGUCUGUAAACUAGGUGAUUUUGGACUUAUGAUCGACAUAUCAAAGGAGACUGAAGUUGCUGAUUGUAUGGAAGGUGAUCCCAAGUAUAUGGCUCCUGAGUUGCUACAGGGAAAGUUUGGGAAACAAGCAGAUAUCUUCAGUGUGGGGAUGACAAUUUUGGAAAUUGCCAGUGAUUUAGAUUUGCCAAAAAGUGGUGAUGCGUGGCACAGGUUGAGGUCUGGGAGUUUGCCAGAAGAAUUACUGCAAGAUAAAUCUCGUGAUUUACGUCGUGUAAUUCGUCACAUGAUUGAGCCAGGCCAUUAUAGGCGACCCACAGCUAAGCAGCUUUUAGAACUACCCUUUGUUAAAAAAGUUUGGAAAAGGCGAAAAAGGGAACAAUUUAAACAACAUAUUGUUUCAUAUUUUGCUAAAAUAUGGCAUAGUAUUGUGUUGAUGAUGUUAGCAGUCUGGUCGUGUAUAACAUACCCUCUACGUGCGUUCACCAAGCCUUCCAUACAGACCCCACCUAAAAUACAUGUUCCCAGGCAUAACUCAUACUGGGACCAGAGUUUCUCAGAUGAUGAUGCGUUUGAAGCAGAUGAGUCUGUAAACUUAGCAAAUAACUCAAUGGUGUCACCUUUGGAUCUGUCUUCCUCUAUGGAUGAACUUGAUAACAGCAGGAAUGGCAGCUUUGCAGUGCCUACCAGUAUUGCACCAAGGAAGGCUAAGACGACACCCAUGAUGCGCAGUAGGAAGAUUAUCACUCCCAGGAGUUCCUCUCCAAUCCUAUCUCUGGCAAAUAUGGACCACUUUAAGCCUAACACCAGUCUGCGGUCAGAGAACUCGAUGACACCAGAUGGUAGUAGUCAUAGUACCCAAUCAGAUGCCAGUUCUGAAGAUUUGGUGAAAUUAGGAAUAGAGCCAAAAAACCUUCUGAAUGCAUUUGAGAGUGCUUCCGAUGAUGAGUUGUAAAAAAGAAAAUGGUUGUACCUCAAGAAGGAGGUAUAUCUUACCCAGUGGGCAACAUGUGAAGGAAGUCUAUCUGUCCAAGUGAGCAAUAGAUGAAGGAGGUGCAUCCAUCCCAGAAUGAGGGAUUUAUCCUAUUGGACACUAUAUGAAGAUAGUUCUUUCCCACUUGCUAACAUCUGAAGGAGAUUCAAUCCCAGUAGGCAACAUAACUGGGAAAUUAAGAGAUUAACCCCUUGUGAAAUAAUAAGUGAGCAUUUUCUUCAAAGAAUUGUUAUGGAGAUGUGAUAUACAAGUGGACAAAGAUAUAGAGAUGUUGGAACAUAAAUCCCAUGUAUUGUUGGGAAAAUGAAGAUGUGUAAUGAAAUCCUUUCACACAUGUACAUAUGGUAUAGACUAUAAAUUGCAUACAUAUGUAGUAUGUAUCUGUGAAUUGUAAAUGAAGGGAUAAGAGAAGCAUUCCUGGUAGAUAAUUGGCUGAUAUAAAGAAUUUAUAAUUUUCUAGCUGAAGGUCAAAAUUGUUAAUGGCUGUAAUGAAUCUUUCUUUAAGGGAGAAUAAAGCAUAAAUUCUUGAUCCAAAAAUGAAUGUAUUUUAUAAUGACACUAUGUAAUCAUUCAGCAGUUUCGCGAAAAGAAAGGAAGCAGACCAACCUCCAAUACAAUGUGGCCAAUUAUAAUCUGGCAAACAUAUCCUAGAUAUACUAUCCUAAUAUCCUAGUUUCUUUUGUGUACAAAAGGUGGCAGGGUUUAUUCAAAAAGCGAAUUGAUGAGAAGUGAAUCUAAAAUGCUGCCCUAAUAUAAGGAUUGAGAAAAUUAAUUUCCAUUUCUCUGAGAAUCCCAAUUGGCAUUUAAUUAAGUUUAACACAGGCCUCAAGAGUUUAAUUUCCUAUGGUCUUUAACUUAUCUUAUUACUUUAUUUAAUCCUAUUAUGCAACCAGUGAUUUGGAUGAGCAGUUAGGAAGCUAUUACAGUCAAACCUGUACAUAGUGAACACCUA